GGGUGACAACCCUGCCUCCAACAGUCUGGCGCCUCGACGACGCCGGACCAUAGUGGGUGCAGCUGCUGCUGAUGUUGUUGCUGGUCCAACCACUGCAGCUGCUGCUGUUGUUCGAUACCGCGAUGUUGUCGCUGGUGCAACUGCUGCUGCUGCUGUUCGAUACCGUUGUGUCGUCGCUGGUGCAGCAGCUGUUGCUGCUGUUCAAUACCGCUAGGUUCUCGCUGGUGCAGCUGCUGCUGCUGCUGUUCGAUACCGCUAUAUUGCCGAUGGUGCAGCAGCUGCUGCUGCUGCUGUUCGAUGCCGCUAUGGGGUUGCUGCUGUUCCAAACUGCGCGAGGCCUGCUGCUGCUGUUCGAUACCACUAUGUUGUCGUUGGUGCAGCUGCUGCUGCUGCUGUUUGAUACCGCUGUGUUGUCGCUGGUGCAGCAGCUGCGGCUGCUGUUCGAUACCGCUAUGGGGUUGCUGGUGCAGCAGCUGCUGCUGCUGCUGUUCGAUACCGCUACAGGGUUGCUGCUGUUCCAAACCGCGCCGGACCCUCCGAUGGUCUGGCGUCGUCGAGGCGCCGGACCCUCCAAUGGUCUGGCGCCUCGACGACGCCGGACCAUAGUGGGUGUAGCUGCUGUUGAUGUUGUUGCUGGUCCAACUGCUGCUGAUGCUGCUGCUGUUCCAUACCACUAUGUUGUCCCUGGUGCAGCUGCUACUGCUGCUGUUCGAUACCGCUAUAUUGCCGAUGGUGCAGCAGCUGCUGCUGCUGCUGUUCGAUACCGGUAUGGGGUUGUUGCUGUUCCAAACCGCGUCGGACCCUCCGAUGGUCUGGCGUUGUCGAGGCGCCGGACCCUCCAAUGGUCUGGCGGCUCGACGACGCCUGACCAUACUACUGCUGCUGCUGUUCGAUACCGCUGUGUUGUCGCUGGUGCAGCAGCUGCUGCUGCUGUUCGAUACCGUAUGGGGUUGCUGGUGCAGCUGCUGCUGCUGCCGCUGUUCGAUACCGCUAUGGGGUUGCUGCUGUUCCAAACCACGUCGGAUCCUCCGAUGGUCUGGCGUCGUCGAGGCGCCGGACCCUCAAAUGGUCUGGCGCCUCGACGACGCCAGACCAUAUGGGGUGCAGCUGCUGCUGAUGUUGAUGCUGGUGCAACUAUUGCUGAUGCUGCUGGGAACCGCUGUCGACACCGUGCUGUUCGAAACCGCUGUCGGGUUGCUGCUGAUGAUCUUGCAGCUGCUUGCUCGUCAGGGGUCUCAACACCGAAGGUUGUCGGAAGGGCGGUCACGUUCCAAGAGAAGUAUUGGGCGAUCGAUUGGGACCUCGGUAUGAAAGUUCCCUGUUGCGGGCCAUGCAUUUUCUUGCGGGAUGAGAGUGGUGGUUACUACCCGUGCGGGGGUAUCAAGACUUACUCGUUUGAUAAGAACAUGCCUGACGAGGAGUACAUGAGAUUCCAUUUGACGACGUGUUUCAACCGCGACGGUCACGAGGUGCUUGACAACUACAAGCUCAUGUCUCUCCAAGUCGACAAGUUCCAAGGUUACGGCAUCCGCGCUGCAUCAAUGCCGCCGUUCGACAAGUCGCAGAAGAAGGAUGCGUCGCAGAUGGUGAUGCUAACGCCGUUCGAGUUCCUCAAACGCAUUAAUUGCUAUAAGGUGUCGAACCAUAUCGUGACGAUUGACAACAGCCUGCAGUUGUCAACUCCCUUCGUGCCUUUCGACUGUGAUCUUGGAGACUUCGCAGACAUGGCGGUAGGCAAGAGUUGUGGGGAGCCGAAAACAGCUGCCCGUAUGAGCAAAAGUGGGGCCGCAUCGACACAGGGAAAGAGCGUGAGCAAAUCAGCUUCUCUGCUCCAGCCGAAGGGUGUGUCUGCGACGCGGGCACCAUCACAUGCAGAAUAUGCGGCACGCGUUUCUUUGAAUCCGGCUGGUGGGGCCACUGACCAUGAGGAUGACGACGAAAACACAGAGGAGGACUCGCGCUUCAGACAAUGGGACGGUGGGCGGUGGCCCGAUGGCAAUAAUGCGAAAGACAAGGAAGGGGACGACGACGAACAGCGGUCCCGCGACGACACACACGAUGAAGAGGGAAGCUUGGAGGAUGACUUGGCCGAAGGCGAUGGUAGUGAAGGCCAAGAGGAUGGUGGUCACGAAGGCGAUGGGAGUGAAGGAGAAGAAAACGAGGAUGCUACAGAACGGGAAGACAACUACGAAGGGGGGAGCGAAGGAGAUGAGGGUGGGGCGGACGACGACGACGGCGGGAAUAGAGGGUCACAGAAAAGGCGGGAACUGUCUUCCCGUGCCACAAGUCAUGAUGGUCCGGCAGAAGAUGACGAUGUGUUGCAUGGAACACGGAGGUCUAGACCAAAGACGAAAGCAAAGGCCGAGGAGACAAAGGAAGUUGCGGACUCUGGGGACGAAGCGGCGGGGGUCGACCCGAGACAUACAGCGUCAAAGCCUGGAGAGUUGACCAACGACACCAUCGACACCACGAGAUGUUUUUUCCUGGAAUACGACGAGGACGGCAAUGCGAUAGAUCGUCCUACCCAAGUGUUCGUUGAUGUGGUCAAAAUACUGCCCAACCCUUCGGAAGGCGUGCAAUACAACCACAGACCGUUGAACGAGAUGUUGGUCACCUCCAUCAGGGAUGCAAUGGAACACCCGGAAAAGCAGAAGGAGUGGGACAGAAACAUGUGGAUUCUUGCUCCUGUCGUUGAGGUGCAGAAGGAUGGCCGGAAGCAGUGGGAACGUGUGAAGCUGGAGGAGUGGGAUGAUGACAAGGUUGCCUCCUACCAUUGGUACACAGUGGCCGGCCAACAUACAGCGGAGGCAACAAAGAGGCUGGUCGCUGCAAAAUCGUCUGCUGCCCACAACUGGGGCGUGCAUUCUUGGAAGGCGCGGGUUGUGUAUUUUGACGAUGACCAUUUGGAGGGAGGCCUGUGGCAGAGUAUGAAAGAGCCAAAAGGUGAUUGGCAUCAGGCAAAGAUGGUGGAAGAGAGGACUGCACAGCGUGACCAAUAUCAUGAGUUCGUACGGAAAGCUAUACGAAUGACUCAUGACACAUCACUCUGGAAUCAGUCGUUGGCGAAAAGAUUUGUGAGGAAUUGGUCAAACCUUUUGAGACCCUACAUGUGUCUUGCGGCGAGCGGCAGGGUUGUGUGGAAUCUGGUUGAGAAGUUCUUUGACAAAUGGGAAAAAGACGAACUGCCAGGGCAGGACGGAGUGAGACAAGUGGAUCAGGAAGGGAAAGCAGGCGAGGCGGCAGGACCGGGCCCUGCAGCGAAGACGGUGAAAGGCAAGAAAGUGUUGGUGCACUACGUCCAGUCCAACAAAAGCUCAUCGGGUUUCUAUGUUUGCAUCAAUAAUCCCCCCGCGAGCGCAUGGAAGGUGUUCGACAAUUUCACAUCAAGGGAGAAGGAAAUGACCCUCGAGAAAAUACUUGCGAGACACGUUGUCGUCACGAUCGGAAGGGCAUUUGUGAAAAAACUGAUGAACAUGCAAGACCUGUACGUGGAGGUGAGAAGGGAGAGAUAUAUGGUUCGCAUGUUUAACUAUGUCCUCUUCAAGAUAGUGCAGAGGUCGGAGGAGGAGUGAAAUGCCAAGUUCUUCAUUGGCUACGAUACCAUAAUGAGGCGGUUUACACCACAAGGGUUGACGACAGAAAAAUGGGAAGAAACAAAGUCCAAGAUCGUAG